AUGAAUAUGAAAUUACUUACCGUCGAAAUUCUCUCUCUCUCUCUCUCUCUCUCUCUCUCUCUCUCUCUGCGUCUAACCUAAAAAUCGGUGUUCUGUCUGAAUCUCUCAGAACAUCACUAUCAAUGGCUUCAACUCCUGAACCACCUCUGAGCGCGCGCUCUCUCUCUCUCUCUAUCCUUUCUCACUCUCUAGAAUCCUAGCAUACGCAUGAAUUCAGGUACUUUUUCUUGAUUCAAUCCAUUCCUUUGUUAUCUCUUUUCCCCAUUUGGCUUACUCACUUACACUUUUGCUUAAUUAACCCCCCACUUCUCUCUCUCUCUCUCUCUCUCUCUCUCUCUCUCUCUCCUUGAACUUUUAAAACCCACAUUGAAUUGGAACAUCUGAAACUUACAAUCUAAGGCAUUGUUUGACCACCCUUCUCAUCUCUAUAGACAUGUGCACGUGUUAAUCCUAAGGGUUGAAUCUGUGAGAGAUUUAGAUAGAGAUUGCAAGAAUCAUCAAUUUGUUUCUGGGUGGAAAUCUAUCUUCUGGGUUUUUGAAUUGGGUCAUACGUUACAGUCUUACCUACUUACUGAAAUCACCCUUUACAUGAUUUGUUAUCUUUCCUUUAUUUAUGGCUCUCCAAGCGGUUUGGGGCUUCUCUUUUCCCAAAACCCAUCAGAAAAACCCUAGCUUUUUCGGUCUCUGACCUGCGAAAAUCGCGGGUUUGGGCUUUCAAUUCUCAAUUCAAGUUUUUGAAAACUGGGGUUUGUUUGAAUCUACAUGCAGAGGAGACGUAUCUGGUUAGUUAGUAUGAAGAAAACCAUCAACAAUUCUCACUCAGGAUGGGGAUUUAGUGAUAGGAAGUGGAUUGUUCCAUUUUUUGCGAGUGUGCUGGUAUCGAUUACCCUCUCUAUGGCUGCUGUUUUCGGGUUGUAUUCGUCCUCUUAUGCCUCGGAUGAACUGCAAUUCGAUGUCAUUUCGGUUGCACAGUCCGAGGAAUCUAGUGGGUAUUUCGUAGAAUCAGAUAUAAAGACUGUAUUUGAUCAUCGUAGUGGAGUUUCAAAAGUAGAGGCCCCUAGAUUGGCUUAUCUUAUAUCGGGAACGAAAGGGGAUAGUCAGAGAAUGAUGAGGACUUUGCAAGCUGUGUAUCAUCCUAGAAAUCAGUAUGUUCUACAUAUGGAUCUCGAGGCUCCGCCACGUGAGAGGCUGGAUUUGUCCAUGUCUGUGAAGAAUGAUCCGAUGUUUCGCGAAGUGGAUAAUGUGCGCGUGAUGGCGCAGUCAAAUUUGGUCACGUACAAGGGCCCCACUAUGAUAGCCUGUACCCUUCAGGCAAUUGCAGUUUUGUUGAAGGAGAGCUUGGUGUGGGACUGGUUUAUAAACCUUAGUGCUUCGGAUUAUCCUCUUAUGACGCAAGAUGAUAUACUCCAUGUUUUUUCUAAUUUGUCCAGAAACCUGAAUUUUCUAGAACAUACAGAGCUUGUUGGUUGGAAACUGAACCAGAGAGCAAAGACAAUCGUAAUUGAUCCGGCACUUUAUCUAUCAAGAAAAUCCGAUCUUGCCAUGACAACUCAGCGUCGAUCAAUUCCCACAUCCUUCAAGUUGUAUACUGGUUCCGCGUGGGUGGUCCUAACUCGGUCCUUUGUGGAGUACUGCAUAUGGGGAUGGGAUAAUCUCCCACGAACAAUGCUUAUGUACUACACAAACUUUGUCUCCUCUCCGGAGGGUUACUUCCAUACGGUCAUGUGCAACACAGAAGAGUUUCGUCACACAGCAAUUGGCCAUGAUCUCCACUAUAUUGCUUGGGACAACCCUCCAAAGCAGCAUCCUGUCGCCUUGACUAUGAAGGAUUUUCGCAAGAUGGUCAACAGCAGUGCCCCUUUUGCUCGUAAAUUUGCAAAGAACGAUCCAGUUUUAGACAAGAUUGAUAAAGAGCUUCUUGGGCGAACUAAUCGAUUUGCGCCUGGGGCAUGGUGCGUCGGGAGCUCAGAGGGUGGGGCCGAUCCUUGCUCUGUUCGAGGUAAUGAUACGGUGUUUAAACCUGGUCCUGGUGCAAAGAGGUUACAAUGGCUAAUGGGUGAGCUUUUGUCUGAUGGUUUCAGAAGCAAACAAUGUUCAACCGAAAAUUCAGUUGUCGGGGCUAAAAUCGCUGAGAAGUCAUGACAUUAUAUGCUCGGAAAACCUGUCUGGAAAAUUUUGGGAGCAAUUGGUUCAACGAAAAUCAUAGUUAGAUAACCCUGAUGUACAUUAUGUAUCAUAGACCACAGUUUUGAUAGAACAUCAUGGAAUUUUUAUUUCCUUUUCUAUCAAAUGGUUCUCUUUUUGGGUAAUGGAUUUGAUCCGACUUUGAAUUAA